CAAAACAACAUGCGGAAGGGAAAGCAAGCCAAGACCUUGCACGGAUAAACGACGAGAAUCGGCACAAGAAUUCGAAGCAAUGGCAUGCAAACCUGUCAGUAACAGAAAGAAUCAAAGACUCCACACAUUAUUUACCAUCACAAAACUUGUUCAUGAGGAUGUGGUAUGUUUGUGUCUAUGUUUGUGUGUAUGUGUGUGUGUGUAAGUGUGUGUUGCGAAGUGUGUCACAGAAGCGGAGAAGAGACGAUGGCGAUGGCGAUGGUGCGGAGGUGAGGAUAACAACGCCCAACAACAGAGCGCAGAGAAUAGUUGGAGUGCCUGCUUGACUGGGCGAAUGGGAAAAAAGGCGAUGCGAGAUGCCACCCCACCGUCUGUGGAGGUUUCCAGGAUUCCGGCGAGCCCUGACUGACGAGGCCACAAAUCCGCUCACCUUUUGCAAGAAUCGGUCAAGGGUGGCCUUGUGUGCUUGCAUCGCUCUCGGCAGCUUCUGUUUCGCUCUGCUUGCUCGAUUUUGGUCACCUGAGGUGUGAGAUGAGGUGCUUGGGUUUUUAGCCUACUCUUCUUCACCGCGGUGGUUUCCAGAGCUGGUGUCGCGAGAGCGUGGGUUUUUUGCUCUGGUUGUGGCGGUAUGGUUUAGUGCACCGGGCGAUGGAGCUUGCGUAGUCGAAUUCGAGUCCGUUACCUCUCUGCCAGUUCCAGACUUCUUCUGCUGCAGUGGUCAGAGUUGUACCUGAUGAUGGCUAUCCAUUGCUGGAGUAUCCUUGAAAUGGCUGCGGAUUUUUUGUUCUUUUUUUGAUUAUUCAUUUCUUUGCGUGCGGGAAAUGAAUGCAAAAGAAUCACGUUGAGAAUGACCAUCUUCCAAAUUUGGCUUGAAGUUCAGCAGGUGGUCGUACUCUGUCAGCUCGUCUUCCUUCUCGAUGGCCCUGCCUGGUCUCCAGCUCGAGACUUCUGCUGCGCCCUUCUCUUUCCCUGUAACUCCAUCACGAUUGGUAAUGUAGUUUGACCACAUGGAAAAGGCCACGAGUUAUAAUCUUCAGCAGAGGGAGGAUGCAGGACUCUGGAAGGAGCUGCUCCGAACAGCUCGGCAAGGGACGACGAAUAAGUCAUUCUUUGUUGUAGAUGUUGUGGGGAGCUGUCUCCACACUGCCAUGUUCUGCAAGCUUGAAUUGCCGACCGUGUUUUUGGACCACCACAUCAAAAGUCUCAAAGAAAAACUCACUCUCCAAGGCCCGGAUGGGCACCGAUGGCCAGCGAUGCUAGGGAUGACAUUAGAUUCCAAGACUUGCAUAAUGCAAGGCUGGCAAGAAGUUGCAGCUGAUUACAACCUUGAGGUGAAGGACCAGGUUGUAUUCUUUUUAUUGAAUGAUUCACAUUUCAUGAUUCAAGUGUUUGACGAUGAGAACAACGUCAAGUUGAGAGUGUUACCUUCAACUGACAGAGAGGCCCAAUCCAAUGGUGAUUUCAGUAAAGCCAGAUCUAAACAACUAACAAGGGAGCUUGCAGAGAAAGCAAAAACGGACGUCCGAGCUUCGGCGCAGGAAGAAGACUCUGCAGAUUUACCCUUAUUGCGACAUUCCACAGUUGAUGGAAAUGAGGUUCUUCAUAUUCCCGACAGCAGUGAGGACGAAGAGCAUGUGCCUUCGCAACAUAGAAAUUUGGAUGAUGGAGGAAAAGUAAAUGCAGUUUCUCCAAUCGCCACAAGCGUCUUAAAGAUACGGCCAGAAAAAAAUCAUACUAGAUGUAACAGCGAAGUCACGAAGGUUGACGCGGAGGAUCGGACCGGAACGACACCAGAGGACAUGGAUCUACAAAUACUUGUGCCGUUACGUGAACCUGCCGAAAUGGAGCUCCGGAAGAAUUUGCGAAGAAUAUCGGGUGUUGAUGAUGACGACGACAAUGAUAAUGAUGUUCAGAAUGAAAGAAACAGCAGCAUUAUUGAGAAUCUCACAGGCAAUCAAGCAACAAGGAGGAGUAUACCCGUUUCAAGUGAACCUUCUAGUUCGGAGCUGGUCAUUACAAGAUCCAGAUCCAGAAAGCUCCAACGAAAAACCGGGGGCUACAAAGAUGAUAACGAUCUUUAUACUUCAAGCACCGUGAGGAAGUUGGGGUGUGAGGAGCAAGUGUUCAAUGGCGAAAAGGCAGACUCUGGGUGUAAUAGGGAAAAGCGGCUUACGCAGAGACGCUCUUUAGGCAUGAAGAAGAUGCUCGAGAUGCCUCCUGUGAGAGCAGUGAAAGAACCUUCAAGCAAUUUAGAUUUGGGAACUUCAGAAGUCAUGCUACAGGAAAAUGUUGAGUCAAGAGUUAUACACCCGGCUGCGCCACGAACGCUCAGAGAGUUACGGAGAAAAACUCUUGCAAAAUCCAGAAACAAUGGGAAGGUUUCUGAAGAUAGCGGAGAGAAGAAAGCGGCAAAUGUUGACCCGCCAGAGGAUGUGGUGAAACCUGUGUACAAGAGACCGAAACCUAUGAAGAUCGGCGGGAUGGCUCCCCCCAAAGAACCGCCAAUUCUUUAUAUAUCAAAAAGACGACCGGUCACAGAUAAAGAAAGGCAGCAAGCCCUCAUCACUGCGCAGGAGUUUGCCAACAUGUCCAAGAACAAGCAUUAUGUGAUGCAGUUGAAAAAGACACAAGUCUACUGCGGUUUCCACUUGAAAGUACCUAAAGAAAUGGUAGAUGCGCUGCAGCUUCCUCUGAAGACUAUGGAACUCAUGUUAUGCGACUCUACCGGACGAAAGUGGCUGGUUGAAUGGAUGGGUGCUCACCCCAAGCAUCCUGGCAUUAACAGCAAGGGUUGGACACGGUUUGUGCUGGAGCAUCACCUCGAGGAAGGCGAUUGUUGCGUCUUUGACCUCCCAGAUCCGUGGGUUUCCAACAUUUCAGUUCAGAUCUUCCCCGUUGUACCUUUGGUUGAGUCAAGUGAGAAUGGAUGGCGGGAUCACUAUAUCUUUGCGCAGCAGGGUGUGCAGAAAGAGAUGGGAUCACCGUCAGGCCGUUCCCCAGCCCAAAAUUAUGCCUCUCACGCGCAAGCCUGGGCGAACAGCACAUAGCAAUCACGACUGCUGUCUCGAAGAUGUAUUCUAGCUUGACAAGCUACUUCAUACGGAGAAGGCAAUUGGAAAUGCCGUUUUUCAACUUGCAACCAUAAUCAGGAGCUGUAUGUUUGGAACUUAAUGCUUGCAGGUCAUAGUCACCGAGGGGACCUUAACGGCUUGACAAACUGCAAGUAUCGAAACUUCGAAGUCCUUGAAAUGAACCUGAAAAGAGCCUAAGAAACAGUUCAUUCACCUAAUGCAAGACUUUGGAUAGCAAAGACAUACUAACAAAGCAUGUGCUCCAAAGCAGCACAUGCUUCCAUUCCAGAGGAUUGCAGUUCAAGGAAUGCAGCAAAGAAGAAGGAAUCCAGGUAAGACGUUGAAACAACAAACUGGGUUUACAAGACGUGAUCAACCCCAUGUAUAAGGUCAUGUAGAAGGUGCCGGCACAAGUUGCUUCCAUGAAAGCGUUCUUAUCGCUCAUAACUGUUUUAAAGCUAAUGCUCCAUCAGUUUCAUGGCCACCACGAUGUUGUAAGCACCCCCAUACCCCCACACCCCAACCUCCACAAAUGUUGGAUUGCAAAAUGCUAACAUUUCCUUAGUGUUAAAAUAUAGCUUCCUAAAUUAGUUUCCAAAGUGCGCAGCCUAAAUUGAAGUUUUUAUUUUUUUUAUUUUUUGUUCUUUAAAAUUGUUUCAACAAGAAUCUGUUUUUGUGGAUUGUAUGUAUAGUCAAGUAGUAUGUUUAGAGAGGGAAAGCCAAAAUGAAGAAAGACAAUUUGCACCUAUUUGUUUAGGUUUCAAUUUUUGAAAGGUAUCUCCAAAGGUCUAAUUUUGUAAUUGAAUAUUUAUUAAAGAUCUUAUAGCCAAGUUAAGAAUGAUAUUGGGUUGAUGUACCAUAGAAGUGAAAUUAAUUAAGUAGACAUUGCAUUA